UCCCUCCUCACGGUGGCAGCAAGUACCGAGCGCGAGCGGCGACGGCCGACGGCGUCGAGGCGUGGCGGGCGGCUUUGGCGUAGCGCAUCAGCCCUCGCGCUCAGCUACGCGUGGGCGUGACGGCGCGGGAGUCUCUCGAAGCUGGGCGAGCUUCGUCCUCCCCGACCUGCGUGCGGAGUCCCUACUCCCUACUGCCUCGCCGCCGCGCAUUCUCACGGGCCACAGGCGCUGCCGUGAGUGUUGAGCAUUUGCCGCACGAUUGCUAUAGUUCUUUAUUCUUGGAAGCCUUUCUUCUUGAGUCUUGACUAUUCCUGAUUGAAGCCCCAACCUUUUUGCAAAUGAGUGCCGGUGGUGCUUUUGGUGGAAAUAGGGGGGUGAGGCCUGUACCUCCCGAGAAAGGUGUAUUCCCAUUGGAUCACUUGCAUGAGUGUGACUUCGAGAAGAAAGACUAUCUUGCCUGCCUGAAAUCUACAGGAUUCCAGUCUGAAAAAUGCCGGCAGUUCUCAAAGAAGUAUCUGGAAUGUCGGAUGGAGAGAAACUUGAUGGCGAAGCAAGAUAUGUCAGAGCUUGGGUUCAGAAAUGUGUACGAAGUGGACACAGCUCCUGACAAGAACGACAAACUGGAGAGCCCUCCUAAUGAGCCAAAGGAGAAAAAAAUAGCUGCUUGAUUUUGAUGUAACUUUUGUACGAUUCUGAUGCAAGUUAUUCAUCCAGGAGAACUGUUGAGAUCUGUAAAAAACAAAGAAGGGUAUACUAAAAAUUUAGGAACCAAUACUGAAACUUAUGCAUUUGCUGCUUUGACGUUCCUAAGAAGAUAUUAGGGGCAUUUGUGUUCAUACCCCUGCUUUGAAGUGUAAUUGUGAUAUUAUGAUCCAUGUACGAUUAAGGGCUGAAGAUUAUAUUAAACAUACAUUUCUGAAUA